AUGCGUUCUUCUAUUACUAUUCUCUUGACUCUCGCCAACCUUGCUCUGGUCCCUGCUGCUCCAUCACCCAAGAUACUUGAUGACAGUGUGUUCGAAAACGCCGGCACCCCCACUUGGAAGAUUGCCGUUGUCGAGGGUGAACCCCCUGUCGAGUUCAAGGGUACCAUUCAAGAUGUUAUGAAGCAGCUCAAGGUCGACUACCCCGAGUAUGCCCGCGAAGCUCAGGAAAAGAUCGACACUGCUAUUGAGGCCGAACGCCUCGAGGAAGAAGCACCUCCGUCACCUGAGGCCCAGGCACUUGCCGCCCUACAGAAGCGGGACCACAACAUCUGCUUCAACUUCCCUGUUGCCAGGGAGAGACCUAUCAACGAUGGCAUUCAGUACCUGCGUGGCAUUGCUGGAGGCCUGACUGUUCGCGCAGGUCCCAGAGCCUGCGAUAGAAUCAGCUGCUCCAGCAAUGCAGGCAUCUUCAUUUGCAACGAUAAUCCCCAUCCAUUUUGGAUUCCAUCUUGGGAUAAUGUCGCCAACGCAGCUAAGGCAUGUAACAACGAGUGCCGCAGGUUCUGUUUUGAUUGCGGUCUCCAGACUGGUUGGUGGACCUCCGGACAGCGCUUCCACGACGGCAACUUCAAUGUUAUCCUCCGCGAGUCAUCUUGCUAG